GGAGCAUGAAAACAUGGCGGCGACGGCAAGCUAACACGUAAAAAAACAUUAGCAAGGAGUUCCAUGAUAAAACAGCAAAUAUCUGAACAAUACAGCUACUUAUUCGCGUUUUAAUUUGAGAUCGGACAGUUUGUCCAACUACGACAGUGCUAUUGAUGGCAGCUGCUGCCCUAAAGUUGGGCAUGCAGACAGGCAAGUCAGUGGGUUUACACUGUGAAAAAGAGGCAGAGGAGCAGACAGGACUUGCUAACCAUGAAAAUCAAGAAGUGACUCAGGAUUCGGGUGGAGCACAUCUCUGUUCUUCAGAGCCUCAGAAGAUGGAGUCAGAACUGCAAAAGUCCGGUUUUGAUCCACCCGAUAAAGGGCAGACACAGACCUCCCAGGUUACUCCAGAUGUAGGCCAGGAGACCCCACUUCACAAAAAGGGAGUCCAUAAGAAGCGAGGGCGUCCUGCUGCAAGCCCUAAGGUUGAGAAGACCCCUGCAAAAAGGAGGAAAAAAGAGAUCAUUCCACCGACUCCACCGCAACAUGAGAAUUCUGCAACCUCUGAUACUUCUGAUCUAACUGCUAGUGGUCGGCCCAAGAGGAGAGCUGCCAAAGUUGCCUUAGAUUAUCUCCACAAUCUGGCCAAGGAUGUUGGUCAUUCAUUAGAGUUCUCAACGAAAGAAACGUCCAAAUCUGUUGAAGUGGAUGGCACGUCAAAGAAGAAGAUCAAAGCAAAGGGUAAGGGGACAAAGAGGAAAGCUGCAGAUUAUGACAGUGACAUAGAUGAUGAGGAUUUUGCCCCAGAAAAGGAUGACGAGGCAGAGAGUGAAGAUGAUGAUGAUGAUGAUGAUGACGGUGACAAUGAUUUCAAGCCAGCCAAGGCUUUGGCAUGGAGAUUGGACAUGGAGCGACGAAACAAACAGCCCAAAAAAUGUAUGCUGUCAAAUGGCUUGACUAACAAUGCCAUGGAACCGAUCUGGAACUGUUUUACUAGGACCAAAGAAUUCCGUGAUGAAAACUUCUUACCGUGGGUAUUUCCUGAGUGGAUUCCUUCUGUCAAAGACUGGCAUUUCCUGUCUUGCAGUGAGGCUGAAAAAUAUUUACCCCAAGAGAAAACAUCUGCUGCUUUCACUUUUACACGUGAAAACGUCAAAGGAAAGAUUGAAUUGCAGAGGAUGAAUAGGUUUGAAUCAUUGCCACAUCACGCUUCCCACUGGGACUCUCUGUUCUUUGUGGGGGGUCCCGUGCAUUCCAUGGAGUGGUGCCCGUGUCCAGACGGGGCGGCAGGAAGACAGUAUGCUGCCAUCUACUGCCACAAGGGCAUGGACGACAGACACAAAAUCAACCAGCUGCACACAGGGCCUGCCUUACUGCAGCUGUGGGACAUCGGAAACCUUCAGUGCAAAAGCAGACCAUCAACAGCUCCUCAUCUAGCAUAUUCUUUGGCCAUAGAUAACGGAUGCAUCUGGAAUAUGAAGUGGUGUCCUGCGGGAGUGUGGGAACUGCCCUCCACCAGCAGAAAGUCUCAGCAGAUGGCUAGAUUAGGUCUUCUAGCUGCAGCUUUCUCUAAUGGAACCAUCGGGGUCUACAGUCUUCCUCAUCCAGAAGCCCUUACAGCACACCAUCAGAGUAAAGGAGAAACCAGCCAAGCACCGCUGAUAUGCCGGGUGAAGCAGGUUCUGACUUUAAAGAUGGGCUCCAGUCAAGCAGAUCAUAAGGGUCAAAGUGGCCUGUGCUUGGCUAUGGACUGGCUCCAUGUCAAGCCACACAACCUUCUGGCUGCUGGUUUCUGUGAUGGUGUGGUUGCUCUGUGGGAUCUGACUAGUAGGUCUCCACUGCAAAAAGUCAAGUCACCAGAUGGGGGUUUGUUUCUUUACCCUUACCACUGCUUCCUCGCCCACAACGAGAUCAUACGAACCUUGUGCUGGUGCAGAGCCUCAAGUAACUUGUUGGUGACAGUCGGAGAUGACCGCAUGGCAAAAAUGUGGGACCUCAGGAAAACCUACACACCUCUGUUUGCGGUAAAGCGUUGCCUGUGCCCUGAAGUGUACUGGCCCCUCUUUUGGAGUGGCAUCUUUAUCGCUCAGGAGUGUUGCUAUGCCACGUUUGGCCAGAAUGGGGUUCAUUAUUUUGACUCCGGUUACCUUGGGAUAAAGCCUUUCUUUGUAUGUCCCAGAAGAGCCACUGUUUGGAGUCUUUCUAUGUCUGAUUGGAUAAAUGCAUUUGCUGUUGGGGACAAUGGUGGAGAUUGUUUAUUUAGUUUGAUUCCUCGAAUGGACAGUGACCCCAGCUCUGUGAGGAGACGAAGAUUUUCAGUUUACAGAACUGACCUGGUCCAGUUUAAACCCGGUCAGAGGCCUGGAGAUGAGGAAGGUGAGGAGGAGGAAGGCGAGAGUGUUACAAGUAUUUCUGGACAGGAGCCUCAGAGCUACAAAGGAGCCAUCAAAAAGUACUACCUCCACUUUCACGACUUGGACCUGGGGAACCUUGCUAAGUGUGAGCAGCGGCCCAUGAUGAAGCAUAUGCAACAAGCUGAACUUAAACAUUUUAUAGCAGUGGAACAGAUGCCAUUAAGUGCACUCUACAAGGUUCGUUUGAACCCAAAUAUGGAUGCUUACAGCUGGGUGUUGUCCGGAGGUCAGUCGGGGUUGGUUCGUGUGCACUGUAUGCGUGGACUAAGCAGCGCUUCAAUGCUGAAGCAAUUGCGUGAGGCUCAAGCUCAGUUCAGCGCCAUGUUCCAGUCUCAGGAGCCUGAUGACUCUGUGACAGCUGUUCGUCACAGCACAGCUGAUACUGUAAAAGUGCAAUAGUCUCCGCCCCUCACCCUCUCUGAUAUAAUAGAGAUUGGUGAGGCCUGUGAUAUUGUAAUGUGCUUAAUGGCUUUGUUGACCAGACUGUCUUUUUUUAAAUGACUUGUCACACUCAGUUUUUAUACUGAACUGAAUAUUGACAGCAGAAAUUGUGAAUACAAGCCUCAGUACAGCACUGUUUUUAUAUUUUUUUGCAUUUUGUUUUUAGCAUUGCACUGGUGUACAGCGAGCAAAACCUUUUGAACUUCACCGACUUAAACCUCAGACAAAUACCGGUAGUCUGUGCUGUUUUUAGUUCAGGAUUAUUAUCGAAAAUUGAUGCCCUUUACAUUAAGUGUAGAAACGAUUACAAUUGCCAGAACUUGCAGUACCUUCAGGACUGAUAUAAAUUUGGUUCAGUGCUGUAUUAUAAUCAAACUUAUUAACAUUUAGUGAGUAAACGUUGGACUGGAUCUAUGUGAUUUGCUACCCUGUUCUUAUAAUAUCUGUUUUCUGUCUGUUUUGUGUGUGUGUGAUUUUUCUUCUGCUUGUAAAGGAUAUAAUUUGUUACCCUACAACUACAUUUUAAAGGAAUAGUUAA